AUGGCGCCCAUGGGGGAUGACGCGCAAGAGCAGUGUCGCUGGGCUGCCCUCGCCGGCGCGGAGGCAGCCAUAGCGCCGUCCGAGCUCGUCGACCUUCCGCCGAAGGUCCAGGUAGCUCGAGGGAGAGAACUGCUGUCGAUGUUGGGCUGUGGAAAGGAUUCCUCGAAGUCCCCGGCAGCGCAAAACAGAAGCAGAGAAUCCGACAGGCAGCCUUCCGCGGUGACGUCGGAGCCAAGACAUUUGGACAGCUUGGCAUCGCAGACGCAGGAUGUGCACGUUUCAAGCUUCACCUCGGCAACGGCCGUUGGCAUCCAGCAGGUCGUCAACUACGACGGCGGCGAGUGGAUGGUUCAGGGAGGUUUUGGAUCCAGGCCUGACACCCCUGCUGCACAAAGCGUCCCGCUGUGGGGCAGCUCUGCUGCGAGUGGUUCUGUCCACGCAGCAUCUUCAGGCACUCCUUGGUCCGCUUCAAACGCCGUGUUGACGAACUGGCCUAUGGGUACUGGAAUCCCAACGGCGACGGUAGCCACGAACGUGACGCCUGUAGCUGUGAUGGGUCCUCCCGCUGCCACAGGCGCGGGAGUCUGGCAGGCCCUGGAUUCUGGGGCAUCCGGAUCUUUCACAGGCUGGACUACAGGAGCUGCGAUGACUAUUCCGUCGGAAGUGCAGUGUGUGGCUGCAGCCCCUCAAAUGGGCAUCGAUCUGGCCGUGCCAGUCUCCAUGCCCGUCGUGAUGUCAUCGACCCCGUCUCUGGGCGCGUCCAUGCUGAACCGGAAUCAAAUGAGAGCCGAUGCGGCGCCGUACGUUCCUGGUUCCAUGCCACUCAGCGUCGGAGCGUAA